AUGACGACCCCGAGUCCAGACCCUGAGCUUUCCCUGGACCAGACAAUGACAACUGUGUUGGUGGGCGCCGGAAGACGAGCGUACCAUGUCCACAAAGCUUUGCUCUGUGACAAGCUGGGCUACUUCAGAGCGGCGUACAACACCCCGAUGCAAGAAGCCACGGGCGAUACCUUCAAGAUCGAGGACAUUUCAGAGUUUACCUUCGGACUGGUAGUGAAAUGGCUGUACACUGGCAAGAUCUAUCUGGCAGACGGUGAGCAUGAGGUCGUGCCGACGAGUCAUGGGGAAAACAAAAAUCCAGAAGCCGACUAUGAAUCGGAUGGUUGCGGCAGUGAAGCAAGUGGUGGCUCCGAAUGUGAAAAGGCAAACACAAGACGAGACUCUCGUGCUGGGACAACAGCGAACGAGACGGAAGUUGAGGUGGACUACGAGUACGAGUCUGGAUCAGAGCUUUCAGACACUGAGGUGGCGGCCAGAGACUCGAUCACAACGGACUCUACCGAGCAAGAGCAGGGCAUAUUGCUUAAACAUGCCUCAGCCGCCUCGUAUGAGACUUUCGAACAGCACUGCAUUCGUGCUGUGUUCCCUGACGCUGAAGCACGCAACCUAGACACCUACCAGCUCGAUGUUCUGAUACGCUUCUACGAACAUACGGCAGCAUAUGAGCAAAUUGACGACCUUCGCACACGCUACGCUGAAGUGCUUUCGAAACUCAAGAUCCGACAAGAGACAUUGAUCCACGAGCCUACGCUGCCUCAAGUUCACACUGCCGAGGCCGACGACGAUGACGACGUCUACGACAUCCUGGCAGAUCUCUACAUUCUCGCAGAUUGCUUUGACAGCACGGAACUAAAGAGAGUGACGCUGAAGCAUGCAAGCGCAGAAUUUGUGAUGCGCGUAUCCACCCUGCAUACACGGCUACUGCCUACCUUUCAGACGGUCGGCAAGGCAUUCGAGAACCUACCGAAGGCGUCAGACUUCCGCAAAUGGCUGCUCUAUGUAUUCUCGAGGUUUUGGCGGCCUAGCGGUGAUAGUCCUGGGCAAGUGCUGGAGAGGGACGACUUGCGUAAGGAUUUCACAACUGAGCUCAUGCUCGUGAUAGCCGAGCGAUGCUACUGGGAGAAUGGAAGUUAUGGUACCGGCCAUUACAAGUACGACAUGAUGCUUGACACGGACGGGCAGGGACCGGAGAAGGAGACUUCUCGAUCGUGCGAUGAGGCGCCUGCGGAAGCCUCAAGGCUGCGACGGGCUAACUGUAACAGAAUGACUGCCUCGAAUAACGGAGCGUAG